GCCAGGCAUUUAUUUCACGCGCAGGCACUCGGCGUUCGUUGUUGACCCUCUCUCGUUCAUAUCGUCCUGCUCCGCACUACGUCGUCACUCAUCGUACACCGGACGAUACUAACAGUUCACGAUUACUAUUUAAAAUUACAACAAUAUUGUACAUAAUAAUUAUUGUUCACUGCUCAGUGCUCAUUAGGACGACUGUCUUGUUUUGAACAGCAUCGCCGCGCCGUCCACUUCUCUCUCGAAAAAUAACGUGGGAAACAAGUGGGCAUCACUAUUACAAAGACCGUCUACGAACACGCCGCCAUGUCGGAUGAUCAGGAAAUUGCUAUCCCGGUGAACCGUCCCGACAACUACUCUGCAGAACAGCCGCCAAAAGACAAUGCCGCAGCCGCCGCAUGCCCAGUACAGCCACCAAAGGACGACGCCAGACCCUCAUCUUCGCCAGAGGAAGACGCUAGCCCCGUACAUUCGCCGAUGGACGACAUUGCCCCCCCAGCCUGCCUAUCACCGUUGCCUUCGGACGAAACCGCCCCAUUGGUGCCAAAGAUCGAGCCGGAAUCUUCUGAGGCCAACAGUCCUGAAAACGCCGAAGGAGUUGAAGUCAAACAUGAAAUUAAACAUGAAACUAUUGAUUUGGGCAACGAGCCUCAUUAUUAUGACGAGGAUGAUGAAGCAGUUGGUUUUGCUCGUGGACUUGAACCAGAUCGUAUUGUUGGAGCAACUAAAGUAAAUGAAAAACUGAUGUUUUUGGUGGCAUGGAAAAAUGCACGAAUUGCAGAUCUGCUUGAAGCAACUGAAGUCUACAAUAGAUGUCCUCAAAUAGCAAUUAAGUUUCUUGAAUCUCAACUCAAAUUUGUUUCUAAUGAUCAAAGUAAUUAAUUUCUCAUUCCUAUGCAUAAAAAAAUAUCAUUAAUUAAUCAA